AUGUGCUUCAGCGACGACGACUACAGCUACGAGUACAGAUUCGAGGUCCGCAAUGGUCAACGCUACUACACAGAAGAUUACUACCCGCGCUCUGGUAUGUCCAGACGCCGCAAGUACGGUCUCGGUGGCUCGUACUACCCUUCGCGCUACUAUGAUGGCCCGCCUAGAGGCCGUUACAUAUGUAGUGUCGUCACCUGUCCGAACCGGUACUCCCAGUCUAGCGGUGGAUACCCAAGGGGUGUCGUACCUGGAGGAUAUUCAAGAGGCGUGGUCCCAGCUGGGUACUCUCAGGCCAUAGUCUCUCGAGAGUUUGUUGGAGGUGGCUAUCCUCGCUAUUCCUCUGGUUAUGCAUAUGGUACUGAGUAUCAUGUUGGAGCUCGCAAUGUUAUGCCGGUCAAUUCCGUGAUGGUGAGUUUCUACCCUUCUCUCUUCGCUCCGAUUGCGCUGCCUUGCGCCUUCCUUUUACUACACCGCCGCCUUACCCCGCCAUCAUUGGCUCGCAUGGAACAUUGA